UUAAAGAUACCCAAAAACUAUUUUAUAAAGUAAAAAUGUGAUUAGAUGUUGAUUUUUUUAAAAAAAUUAUUAAUGAAAAAUAGCAGAAAUUGAACACUGAAGAUGGGAGCUAAAAGAGAUUACUGCUAGCUAGGGGGACAUUAGAGAAACUUUGUUAAAGAGUAAACAUCUGAAUUAGGCUUUGUCAUCUAAACACGAACACAGGUAGGAAAGUGUAAGAUCUCGUAGCUACAUGGGCUCUUUAUUUACAACGUUCUAUGUUAUCAUUAAAGUAAAAUCUGAACUGUGUUGCUGGAGGAAUAGCUAGCUCUUACUAAUUUGUAGAUUAAUAGAAUUAAGCAAAAAUUAUGUUUAUUCCAUUUGUUAAAUAUCCUUUAAAACAUAGCUUGUACUUGUCUACUUUAUUAAGCUUAGUAUUGGGAGAUAGCUUAAGGAUCUCAUUGUGCUGUAGAUGAAGAAAAUAUAACAAUAGCAGUGGGCAGUUACUAUAUGCUUGGUUUGUGCCCUAUUUUCCCCUAGAUUUUGGCUUCAGCCGGAUAAUAGCACAGCCAUCACUCAUAAGCGUUGCCUGUCCCUUAUAAAAAGGUUGUAAGUGCAGACUUUGUAGUGUUUCUGUGCCUUUUAACAUGAAAACUUUCCUGGAAAGUAUCAUCUAAAAUAAUGAAUAAUCAUUUUCCAAACUGGAUACAUGUGCACACCUCCUUUAAAAACAAUGUUUCUCAACCUUGAUUGAAAAUGGAGUCACAUCUAGAAGCUUUAAAAAACUGCCAGUGCUUGAGUUCCAUUCCCAGAGAUUUCCCUGACAUGGGUUGCAGACGUUGGAUAUUUUUGAAGCUUUUCAGUUAAUUCUGAAGGACACAGACUGAGACCUACUGUUUAAAGAAAAAUACUCAAGACAUACCCACCAUCAUGUAAUUUAAAUUAUUUUUAUUAUGAUAGUUACUUAAAUAUGGAUAAACUAACACUAGAUUGAAAUUCCUUUUGCAUGUAGUAUAUGGAAAACACAUUUACACAUUAAAAACAAACCAAAAUUAAUAAAUUCAAAACAUAAAUGGAUAGAUGAUGAUGUUUUGCUAAUACUUUUGUGUAUGUUUUUCCUUCUGCGUGGUCUAAGUCCUUCCCACCUGUAUCAGUCUGGGUCCAUUUGGGAUUUAGAAACCACAGUGAUGUAAACAAGGAAAGUUUAAUAAAAGGAAUAAUUAAACUGUGAGAAAAAGGUAACUCUAGAAAACUAUAUGGAAGGACCAAUUUUGGAAGGAGGCCCCCCUCCAAGGCUAGGGAGGAUCACAAGGGACAACUCUGUGGAUGGGGUGAGUGGCAGGAGACCUGGGCCCUCAAUGUCUAUGUUGAGAUGGUCAUGAGAAAGGUGACACUAGACCACACCAGAACCAGAAGGUUGCUGAGAAACCACCCAUGCUGGGCCCAUGGCUGGAGCCAUUGCAUGGUGGCCUCACACCUACAUGCCUACCCUCACUUGUCUUAGCAGCUAGAAUCAGAAGGGCUGUUUCCUCCUGCAGUGUCCCUAGGGUGCCCUCUACUGAGAAAGCUCCACAUUGUACUCACUGAGAAAAGAAAUGUUGAAAGGAGCACGGUCAUUAUUGCAGAGCAAAUGUUUAAGAGUGACUUUGGAGCAAAUAGUCAAUAAAUCAAUCACUGGCAUAACACCCUAUGGCAGCCAAAACUUUUUCAAGUUUUCAGCGCUAGCUCAUAGGUUGCUGUGACCUCUUCUGAGUAGAAUUGCUCUAUGUUGUGUUCCAGUGUAUCUUUAUGGUAGCUCACCAUGCUGUGUGGGAAUCUUUGUUUUUUAAAAAAAAAUUAGCUUAUCAAAUAAACAUAAUUAUAGUGUACGUAAGAAUCACCUCCAAAGAUUCUGAUUUGGUUGUGCUACGGUGGAAACUAGGAAUCUACGUUUUUAAUAGGCACCCCAAUGAUUCUAAUGAUGGUGGUCCCUGAGGUAGCACUUUAAGUAAUAUACUGGUCGGUAUUUCUCAAAUACAUACUGGGGGCUGGACUGUAGAAGCUGUAUCUUAUGCGAUAUUGUGCCCUUAUCCCCAACACAAUGCCUCAUGAUAGGUUGGUGCUCUACAGUGUGGGCUGAAUGUAAGACAGCCAGUCACUCACUUGCUGCUGUGCUGCUGGGAAGUAUCCUUCCCUAAUACCUCACAGUGUCCUCCCGUAUCCCAUAUGCAAAAUUCUGACUUAAACUUUGAGCAGCUAAUGCUUUUUCAUUUUUUGACUUAACAUGAUCAUUAUACUUACACUAGUUUUGUUUAAUAGGGAGAAAGAGCAAGAAACACAAGAAGAGGAACGUUUGAUGGAAGAAAAGAAAAAGAAAAAGCAGGAAGAAAAGAAAAAGAAGGAAGGUGCUCAGAAAAAGGCUGCUGAUCAAAAAACCAAAGUGCCAGAACCUACUAAGACCUGUUCAAGCCAGCCCCAACCUGCCGGUACCAGUACCAGUACUUCCACCAGCACUAUCUCCAGCAGCAACAAUGGCAAACGUGCAUCUGCCAGUGGCCAGCAGCCAGCUGCAUCCCGUUACCUGCCUCGAGAGGUGCCUCCACGCUUCCGCCAGCAAGAACAGAAGCAGCUAUUAAAGAGAGGUCAGCCAUUGCCUACGGGGACUCUAACCAGUGUGAGCCCAACCCAGGGAGCUGGGCCUGCAGGGGUAAGCCCACCUCCCCUAUCUGGAGCCGGAACACAGCAUCAUCCCAGUAAGCUCCAACCAGAUCUCAGUCAUAGUGGAUUGGCAGAUCAUUAUGAAAAUUCCCACUGGGGACAGCAGCCUGCUUACAGAAGUGAAGCCCACUGCAGCUGGGAUAAAGUGAUAAUAGAUAGGACAGACAAGGAGGCGUGGCCUUCCAUCACAGGAACAGAGACUGAAUCUGCCUCAGAAUGUACUACAGACACUGACUCUGCCUCCAACUGUGGCUCAGAGAACAGUAGCAUGGCUACAGGGAGUGCCCAGGGCAACUUCACUGGACAUACCAAGAAGACAAAUGGCAAUAAUGGCACCAAUGGCGCACUCGUCCAAAGCCCUUCUAAUCAGAGUGCCCUUGGAGCAGGAGGAGCGAACAGUAAUGGAAGUGCAGCCAGAGUGUGGGGUGUAGCCACAGGCUCCAGCUCUGGCCUGGCUCACUGCUCUGUCAGUGGUGGGGAUGGAAAAAUGGACACCAUGAUUGGAGACGGGAGAAGUCAGAAUUGCUGGGGUGCUUCCAACUCCAAUGCUGGCAUUAAUCUGAACCUUAAUCCUAAUGCCAACCCAGCUGCCUGGCCUGUACUUGGACAUGAAGGAACCGUGGCGACAGGCAGCCCUUCCAGUAUUUGCAGUCCAGUCAGUGCCAUAGGUCAAAAUAUGGGCAACCAGAACGGGAACCCAACAGGCACUUUAGGUGCUUGGGGAAACUUGCUGCCGCAAGAGAGCACAGAACCACAAACGUCCACUUCUCAGAAUGUGUCUUUCAGCGUACAACCUCAGAACCUUAACACUGAUGGACCAAAUAACACUAACCCCAUGAACUCUUCACCCAACCCUAUCAAUGCAAUGCAGACAAAUGGACUGCCAAACUGGGGCAUGGCUGUUGGUAUGGGGGCCAUCAUCCCACCCCACCUGCAAGGCCUUCCUGGUGCUAAUGGAUCAUCAGUUUCUCAAGUCAGUGGGGGCAGUGCUGAAGGAAUAAGCAAUUCUGUGUGGGGAUUGUCCCCAGGUAACCCUGCCACAGGAAAUGGCAAUUCUGGGUUCAGUCAGGGGAAUGGAGACACUGUGAACUCAGCAUUAAGUGCUAAACAAAAUGGAUCCAGCAGUGCUGUGCAAAAGGAAGGAAAUGGAGGAAAUGCUUGGGAUUCAGGACCUCCUGCUGGUCCUGGAAUACUUGCUUGGGGAAGGGGCAGUGGCAACAAUGGCGUUGGUAAUAUCCAUUCAGGAGCUUGGGGCCACCCCAGCCGAAGCACCUCUAAUGGUGUGAAUGGAGAAUGGGGAAAGCCCCCAAACCAGCAUUCCAAUAGUGACAUCAAUGGGAAAGGAUCAACAGGGUGGGAAAGUCCUAGUGUCAGCAGCCAGAACCCUUCUGUGCAGCCUAGCGGUGAACACAUGAACUCCUGGGCCAAAGCUGCAUCUUCCGGAACUACAGCAAGUGAAGGAAGUAGUGAUGGUUCUGGCAACCACAAUGAAGGAAGCACUGGGAGGGAAGGAACAGGAGAAGGCCGAAGGCGAGAUAAAGGGAUUAUAGACCAAGGGCAUAUCCAGUUGCCAAGGAAUGAUCUUGACCCAAGAGUUCUGUCUAAUACUGGUUGGGGACAGACUCCUGUAAAGCAAAACACUGCCUGGGAAUUUGAAGAAUCCCCUAGGCCUGAAAGGAAAAAUGACAAUGGGACAGAGGCCUGGGGUUGUGCAGCUACUCAGCCUUCAAACUCAGGGGGGAAGAACGAUGGGUCCAUCAUGAACAGUACAAAUACCUCUUCAGUAUCUGGGUGGGUCAAUGCGCCACCUGCCGCUGUGCCAGCAAACACAGGUUGGGGAGACGGCAACAACAAAGCGCCAAGUGGCCCAGGGGUUUGGGGGGACUCGAUAAGCUCUACUGCUGUUAGUACUGCUGCUGCUGCUAAGAGUGGCCAUGCCUGGAGUGGGGCUGUAAAUCAGGAGGACAAGUCACCCACCUGGGGCGAGCCUCCAAAGCCCAAAUCCCAACACUGGGGAGAUGGACAAAGAUCAAAUCCAGCCUGGAGUGCAGGAGGGGGAGACUGGGCAGAUUCAUCGUCUGUCCUGGCACACUUGGGGGAUGGGAAAAAGAAUGGAUCUGGAUGGGAUGCUGAUAGUAAUAGAUCAGGGUCUGGUUGGAAUGACACCACGAGAUCUGGGACCAGCGGCUGGGGCAGCAGCACAAAUACAAAGGUCAAUCCAGGUACAAACUGGGGGGAGACUUUAAAACCUGGCCCCCAACAAAACUGGGCUAAUAAACCCCAAGACAACAAUGUGAGUAACUGGGGAGGAGCUGCUUCUGUGAAACAGACAGGAACAGGGUGGAUCGGGGGGCCAGUACCAGUCAAACAGAAGGACAGCAGCGAGGCAACUGGCUGGGAAGAACCCUCUCCACCAUCCAUUCGCCGCAAAAUGGAAAUUGAUGAUGGUACCUCAGCUUGGGGGGACCCAAGCAACUAUAACAAUAAAACUGUAAACAUGUGGGAUAGAAACAACCCGGUCAUCCAGAGCAGUACCACGACCAAUACCACCACCACCACCACUACCACGAGCAACACCACACACAGGGUGGAGACGCCACCACCGCACCAGGCCAGUACUCAGCUGAAUCGAUCACCAUUGCUCGGUCCAGGUAUGAAAGUUUCAUCAGGCUGGGGAGAAAUGCCUAAUGUUCACUCAAAGACUGAACACUCUUGGGGAGAACCAUCCUCCCCUUCUACACUGGUGGACAAUGGCACAGCAGCAUGGGGGAAGCCACCCAGCAGUGGCAGUGGGUGGGGAGAUCACCCUGCUGAGCCACCGAUGGCAUUUGGAAGAGCUGGCGCACCUGUUGCUGCCUCGGCCCUGUGCAAACCAGCUUCAAAAUCUAUGCAAGAAGGCUGGGGCAGUGGUGGGGAUGAAAUGAACCUCAGUACCAGCCAGUGGGAGGAUGAAGAAGGAGACGUGUGGAAUAAUGCUGCUUCCCAAGAAAGCACCUCCUCCUGCAGCUCCUGGGGGAAUGCCCCCAAAAAAGGACUUCAAAAGGGCAUGAAGACGUCUGGCAAGCAGGAUGAGGCCUGGAUCAUGAGCCGGCUGAUCAAGCAACUCACAGACAUGGGCUUCCCGAGAGAACCAGCUGAGGAGGCCUUGAAGAGUAACAAUAUGAAUCUUGAUCAGGCCAUGAGCGCUCUGCUGGAAAAGAAGGUGGACGUGGACAAGCGUGGGCUGGGAGUGACCGACCAUAAUGGAAUGGCCACCAAGCCCCUCGGCUGCCGCCCGCCAAUCUCCAAAGAGUCUUCCGUGGACCGCCCCACCUUUCUUGACAAGCUCACCAUUUCUUUCUCCAAUCAGGAUGGCGGUCUCGUGGAAGAGCCCACGCCUUCACCGUUCUUGCCUUCCCCAAGCCUGAAGCUCCCCCUUUCACACAGUGCACUCCCCAGUCAGGCCCUGGGUGGGAUUGCCUCCGGGCUGGGCAUGCAAAACUUGAAUUCUUCUAGACAGAUACCGAGUGGCAAUCUGGGUAUGUUUGGCAAUAGUGGAGCAGCACAAGCCAGGACCAUGCAGCAGCCGCCACAGCCACCAGUGCAGCCUCUUAACUCUUCCCAGCCCAGUCUCCGUGCUCAAGUGCCUCAGUUUCUAUCCCCUCAGGUUCAAGCACAGCUUUUGCAGUUUGCAGCAAAAAAUAUUGGUCUCAACCCUGCACUAUUAACCUCGCCAAUUAAUCCUCAGCAUAUGACGAUGUUGAACCAGCUCUAUCAGCUGCAGCUGGCAUACCAACGUUUACAAAUCCAGCAGCAGAUGUUACAGGCCCAGCGUAAUGUGUCUGGAUCCAUGAGACAACAGGAGCAGCAAGUUGCGCGCACAAUCACUAAUCUGCAGCAGCAGAUCCAGCAGCACCAGCGCCAGCUGGCCCAGGCCCUGCUCGUGAAGCAGCCACCGCCGCCGCCACCCCCGCCGCACCUGUCUCUGCACCCCUCUGCAGGCAAAUCGGCCAUGGACAGCUUCCCCUCACACCCCCAGACUCCCGGCCUACCUGACCUGCAGACCAAAGAGCAGCAGUCUUCACCCAACACCUUUGCUCCUUACCCUCUUGCUGGACUGAACCCAAACAUGAAUGUCACCAGCAUGGAUAUGACAAGUGGCUUGUCGGUGAAGGACCCAUCCCAGUCCCAGUCACGCCUCCCCCAGUGGACGCACCCCAACUCCAUGGAUAGCUUGCCCAGCGCCGCUUCCCCCCUGGAGCAGAACCCUAGCAAGCAUGGUGCUAUCCCUGGAGGUCUAAGCAUUGGGCCUCCAGGUAAGUCCUCCAUUGAUGACUCCUAUGGCCGGUACGAUUUAAUCCAGAACAGUGAGUCACCAGCCAGUCCUCCCGUAGCUGUUCCCCAUAGCUGGUCACGUGCCAAAUCUGACAGUGAUAAAAUCUCAAAUGGCUCUAGCAUCAACUGGCCCCCAGAAUUCCAUCCAGGAGUUCCAUGGAAAGGACUGCAGAAUAUUGACCCUGAGAAUGACCCUGAUGUCACUCCUGGCAGUGUCCCCACUGGGCCUACCAUCAAUACCACCAUCCAGGAUGUCAACCGCUACCUCCUCAAGAGUGGAGGGUCCUCCCCGCCAUCAUCUCAGAAUGCCACGCUGCCUUCUUCGAGUGCCUGGCCACUCAGUGCCUCCGGCUACAGUAGCUCUUUCAGCAGCAUUGCAUCCGCACCUAGUGUUGCAGGUAAACUGUCAGACAUUAAAUCAACGUGGUCCUCUGGCCCGGCCUCCCACACACAAGCCUCUCUGUCUCAUGAACUGUGGAAGGUGCCCAGAAACACUACUGCACCCACGAGGCCACCUCCAGGGUUAACCAAUCCCAAGCCUUCCUCCACCUGGGGUGCCAGCCCCCUCGGCUGGACCAGCUCCUACUCCUCGGGUUCUGCCUGGAGCACCGACACCUCAGGAAGAACCAGCAGCUGGCUUGUUCUUCGAAACCUCACUCCCCAGAUCGAUGGCUCCACACUGCGGACACUGUGUUUGCAACACGGGCCUCUCAUCACAUUCCACCUGAACCUGACUCAAGGCAAUGCCGUGGUCCGGUACAGCUCCAAGGAGGAGGCUGCCAAGGCCCAGAAGUCUCUGCACAUGUGCGUCCUGGGCAACACUACCAUCCUGGCGGAGUUUGCUGGCGAAGAAGAAGUGAAUCGCUUCUUAGCUCAAGGCCAGGCACUGCCACCCACCUCCAGCUGGCAGUCCAGCAGCGCAUCCAGCCAGCCGCGGCUCAGCGCAGCGGGCAGCUCCCAUGGCCUGGUGCGCAGCGAUGCUGGCCACUGGAAUGCCCCGUGCCUGGGUGGCAAGGGGAGCAGUGAGCUGUUGUGGGGCGGGGUGCCCCAGUACUCCAGCAGCCUGUGGGGCCCGCCCAGUGCCGACGACAGCAGGGUGAUCGGCAGUCCCACCCCGCUGACCACCUUGCUGCCCGGGGACCUGCUCAGCGGGGAGUCCCUGUAGGAGCUGCCAUCAUCAGCACCAGGAGAGCUGACCCCUCCCGGUACCCUCCCAGCUGGGCGGCCCCCACACACCCGCUGGACCCGCGGCGGCCGCCCUUUUGAGUACCUCUGUCCAGGACUGAAGACGAACCUUGGCCGUAGUCCUUGCGAACUGUUCCCAAAACAGUGCGGGCUGCGGUCGGUCAGCGUCACAUGCUAAUGACAGGAUAUUCCUCGUAGCUUUUUAUUUUGUGUGUCUUAUGUUUGUAUAGUAUGUUGUCAUUUUGAUUUUUUUUUUAAGUAUAAAAGCUGCUUAGAAUAGUUCUAUCAUGAAGGGCACUUUUCAGAUUGUGGGCUGGAAAGGGUUAUUUUAUCUGUGGGGGAGGGAGGGAGACGUGAAGCCUAUUUAAAAUGAGCCUGUGACGAUUAUGCACAUUACCAGAGGCGGCCGGUAAUCAGGGCAGAGUCUGGUGUGGACCGCUGGGCGCAGAGCGGCUCCGCACGGGAGCUGAGUGGAAGGCGCAGGCUGCGAUCUGCUCUCUGUUCCCCUGGAUCCGCCUAUGCACAUUACCCUUGUUUCAUUACUUUUUCAUGUCAUUUUUUUUAUCCCAAAAAAUAUUUUUUAAAAGUUAAAAAAAAAGACAUAUCAAACAUACAAAUACUUGAAUCCAGCAGGCCAAUAGUGAAAUGUGAAUACUUUCUAAUUCUACACUUCCAGGUUGACACCAGUACACAGAACAGGCUCUAGGAAAAAUUUCUAAGUUCAUAGCCUACGUGAGUGUGUAUGUGUGCGUGUUGAAACAAGUGUGUGUGUGCGUGUGUGGUGCGUGAUUCUCACAGCGCGCAGAUCUCUGUGUCCGUGUGUUUGAAAGCGUGUGAGGAUUUAACUGUGGGUUUCCCUUGUAUUCAAUAUAUGCUUUUUUUUGGCGCAUUGGUCAAACGUUUGUUACUAUUAGCUUCUAACUUUGCACUGAGUGUCCUCGCCCUUCCUUUAGCUAACCCUAUACAUCACAGAGAAUUCCCAGGACAGGGCCGGCGACAAUUCAAGUGUAAAUGUUUACUCAAGGACUCUGUGACUGCGUUUUAAAAGUACAGUGUAUAUCUCUGGAGAAAUAAUAUGUAUACCUACCUUUAGCAGCUUUUUAUUGUGGACUAAUGCAAGAAAAUUAUUACCAGAGUAUUGCACCAUUUUUCCAUUUGGAAUAUAAAGUUAAAGAGAAAAAAACUGUUGUUGAACUGUGGCCAUAGAUACUUGUAAAGAACGGAUGGUUCCGCGGCAGGAACAGAAACAAGCACUUGGACAUGGGUUGUGACUGCUUUUGGGGGAGCCUGGGGUUUGGGCUCCCACCUGUUUACAGACCUUUUUUUCUCCUUCAGACUUUAAAAUUUUAAAAAUUUAAAAAGGAAUUAAAAAAAAAAAAAAGACUUCCGUCGUAAAGAAACCUAUUUUCAGAAUGCAGAUAUGCUCCUUCAGAGCUCUGGGACGGGACAGUGUUGUUCCCUCGGCCAUCGUCGUGGGCUCUGUCGAUUGCUUUCGCCCGUUCGUCAAGGUGACAGGCGUUGUGGCAACUGUCUUGCACAUGCCGGACGCGCUCUCAGGAAAGCCAGGGCUCCCGAGGGCAGCUCCACACCAUUUCAUGUAUUUUUAAACCCAACUCCUAGCACUGAAGAUGUUAUUUAAAAAGCUGAAAUAUUUUGCAAAGUGCAUAAUGAAGAAAAAAAAAAAAAAAAAAAAAAAAAAUGAAAAAAAUGAAAAAAAAAGAAAAACAAAAAAAAAACAGACAAAGAAGAAAAAUACCUAAUCUCUAAUGUGUAGCAGUUACAUAUUUACCAAAUAAUGGACUCAAAAGAAAUAGAUGUUUGAAGAGUGCUUUAUAUAUUAAAAAUUGCUUUAUGUUUUAAGAAUGAUCAAUGUUUUGAUUGUUUUGCAAGGAAGAAAGACAAUGGAAUAACAUACCCUCAAGUAUGUUUUAAAAUAUAUAUAUAUGAACAUUGUGCUCCCUGCCUGCUUGAUCAGGAAACUUGUGCAUUACAUUUUUUUUAAUUAGCUUUUUAAUGGUUUUAUCAAAACAAAAAUAUAUACAAAAAAAAGGUCCUGCAAGGUUGCAGAUCAACAAAAGCUGGUUUUAUAGAGGAUCAUGAACUAUGCACAAACUGGGUUCAAGACUUUUUUUCUCAAGUUUAGUAGGGUAUUUAGCAAAACCAACCUCCCUCAGUGACUGCAUCUCAUUGCCAUUACAUGCAUUCUAUAUAUUCGAUGGACAUACACCUGCGUAUGUAUAUCCAAUAUAUGUGCGUGUGAGCGUGCGUGUGCGUGCCCGACAUACCACUUCCUGUGCUGCCAGUGAGCACUGAGCUGUAGAAGAACUUCUGAUGUUUUAAAAUUGGGGAUGAAAGUCAACAAUAUGUUAGUUUGUUUUGGGGGUUUGAGGUUUUUUGGGGUUUUUUUGGACCUUUUAUUUUGGAUUUAAUUGUAACUCUGAGAUUAAAAAACAAGUUUGUGGCUCUUAACGUUUUUCUCAUAGAAUGUGAUUGUUGAAGAACAUGCAUCGAAAUCUGCUUUCAAAAGUACAACGCUUUAUUGAAUCUUAAUAAAUUGCAAUUUUUUUUCU